AUGCUUCUUCCACUUCUUCUGAAAAGAAUUGAUAAGCAGCAGCCAGCGUGUCCCAAUUCUCAGGUAGAUCCGUCGCGUGCGAUGUCGACGAGGCAGCAUCGUGCCGCUGAGAAAUGCCGCUGUUGUCCGUACGGUUUUCAUAUCGACGUCGACUUCGUCGCCUAUGCUGAAGAUGUGACAGUAGGCGGAACAAGUCGCACUCCUACGCUUCCUCGUAAGCACGGCGAACGAUCGCUGAUGAGCCCUUUGGAUAGCAUUUUC